AUGGUCGAAAAAACGACAGAAACGGAUUUGAAAACGUUUAAAGAUUUUUUGACACAAUAUAAUGCUGUUGCUGAACAAUGCUUCACGUCCUGCAUAACCGAUUUUACCACAAGGACAGUAAGUAACUCGGAGGAACAGUGCUGUUCGAAUUGCCUUGAUAAAUUUUUGAAAAUGACUCAGAGGAUUUCGUUACGAUUUCAGGAACACCAGUUGAUUCAAAGCGAAGCUCAAGGACCUUUAGGAUUGAAAUAA